ACACACCAGCAUAGAUCAUUACAGAGAACCAACAAACAUGACACCAAUAGUAUUGCUUUCCUUUGCCCUUUUUGGACUCGUUGCAUCGGAGGCUGGUGAAAAAGGAUACAGUCCCAAACAUAACCUGAAAACAUAUGGAAAUCCAUUCGGACCAGGUAAUAUUGGUAGUUUGGGAUACCAAGGACAUGGUGGAUUUGGAUAUCCAUCUUAUGGUAGAUCAGGAUACGGAUACGGGGGAUAUUCCAACAAUGCAUAUGGUUACGGUUCACCAUUAAACAUUGGCGGUUAUAAUGAAUACAAUGGAUAUAGUGUACAAAGUGGAUACCCUGGAUACGGAUAUUUACAUGGCAGAGGAUUAAACGGAUUCAGUGGUAACGGAAAUUACGGUGUUUAUGGUAAACAUAUCGGACCUUUCAAUGGUAAUGGAUUCGGUCGAGGAAUUGGAGGAUAUAACAAUUUAAAUGGUUAUGGAGCAUAUGGUAUUAAUGGGGCAUACGGUGGUGCUAACAAUUACGGAACAUAUGGUAUUGGUGGUUUAAAUGGUUAUGGAGCAUAUGGUAUAAAUGGGGCAUACAGUGGUGCUAAAAAUUACGGAACAUAUGGUAUUGGUGGUUUAAAUAGUUAUGGAUCAUAUGGUGGUUUAAAUGGUUUUGGAUCAUAUGGUGGUUUGAAUGGUAUCGGAUCAUAUGGUGGUUUGAAUAACUUUGCAUCAUAUGGUAUUGGUGGUAUUGGUAGUUUAAAUGGUUUUGGAUCAUCUGGUUUUGGUGGUUUGAAUGGUUAUAGAUCUUAUAGUAUUGGUGGUUUAAAUGGUUUUGGAUCAUACGGUAUUGGUGGUUUGAAUGGUAAUGGCAUUGGUGUCAAUGGUGGACUAAUAAAUGGAAGACGAGGUCUAAGUGGAUUGAGCAGUUUUGGUAAAUUUGGAGGUAAAAAAGGAACAUAUUAGGAUUCAAGAAGUCCAUGAUGAAUUGAUGUC